AUGUCGUCGGCGGCGGCGCGCAGACGCCCGGCGGCCCGGGCCGAGGGGGGAGCCCCCGCGGGAGCCCCCGCGCCCGGCGAUGCGGAGCGGGGCAUGGCGGCGCCGGGCCUCACGCUCUGCCUCAAGCUGCUGGCGGCGGCCUUCUACGGGCUCAGCUCCUUCCUCAUCGUCGUCGUCAACAAGAGCGUGCUCACCACCUACGGGUUCCCCUCCUCGCUGUGCGUGGGGCUGGGCCAGAUGCUGGCGACGGUGGCAGUGCUCUGGGCGGGCAAGGCGCUGAGGGUGGUCAAGUUCCCCGACCUCGACCGGCAUGUCCCCCGGCGGACGUUUCCUCUACCUCUUCUGUAUUUCGGGAACCAGAUCACAGGACUGUUCAGCACAAAGAAACUGAACCUGCCCAUGUUCACCGUCCUGCGAAGGUUUUCCAUCCUGUUUACAAUGUUUGCCGAAGGAUUCUUACUCAAGAAGAAGUUUUCUUGGAGUAUUCAGAUGACAGUAUUUGCUAUGAUCAUUGGUGCGUUUGUAGCUGCUAGUGCUGACUUGGCAUUCGAUCUGGAAGGAUAUAUUUUUAUCCUUAUUAAUGAUGCCUUAACAGCUGCAAACGGUGCCUAUGUGAAACAGAAGCUGGAUUCAAAGGAGCUGGGAAAAUACGGUCUGCUAUAUUACAAUGCACUGUUUAUGAUCCUUCCCACCUUGACCAUUGCCUACUUCACCGGAGAUGCGCAGAAGGCAAUGGAGUACCAGGGCUGGGCAGACACGCUCUUCGUCGUGCAGUUUACGCUGUCGUGUGUAAUGGGGUUUAUUUUGAUGUACUCCACGGUUCUUUGCACUCAGUAUAAUUCUGCUCUUACAACUACAAUAGUUGGCUGCAUUAAGAAUAUUUUAAUAACCUAUAUUGGGAUGUUUUUUGGAGGAGACUAUAUUUUUACAUGGACGAACUUCAUUGGUCUAAAUAUCAGUAUUGCUGGAAGCCUGGUGUAUUCCUACAUCACUUUCACAGAGGAGCAAAUGAGCAAGCAGUCCGAAGCUGGCCUCAAGAUGGAUAUUAAAGGAAAAAGCUCUGUGUGACCAGGGAGAGGCUUUUUUUUUUGGAAGCAACCUAUUUCUGUUCAGCUGAUCACGGGCAGAACGUGGGAAGGAAUCCGGGGCGUCUGCCAUGGAGUAACGGUGAUGCUCUUAAUUUGCACAAUCUAGAUUGCUGCCUUUACAAAUUAUCGGGAAGAUAACUGACUGCACGGUGAAGAAUACAUCUAAUUAAGUCCAAUCGUGAGGAAUUAAUGGGUUCCUAAUCACGCUGAGAUUUGGCAGUAGCGAUUGGCACAAGCAGUGCACACGUUUGAAUCGCGGAGGACUGUGCCAGCUCUGCGAGCCGUACCCUGAGCAUCCUCGGCUGCAUCUGGGCUCGGUGCAGCUACCACCCGGGCGAUGGGCGCAGCCGGGGACGGAUGCUGGGGCUGGCUCUGCUCCGUGCCUCUCCCAGCCUGGUCCCUCCGGCCGGGCUGCAUGUGCUGGCGCUGCUGCUGCAGGAGGGUGAGACCGUGGUACCCGGCACGGAUCCGGCCCUGAGGGGCAGGCGAACCCUUCCUUCUCCCCAGGGGAGAGGAGCGGAGGGAGGGGAGCUGCGGCGUUGCAGCCCACGCGAGGCGAGUGCUGGUAUUCCCCCAGCAAAGCUGCUUCUGCAGGAUGUUCCUGGUUUGGGCCAAAACCUCUUUGUUGAAUGCAGUGCGCUCUGAACUUGCAUUUGUUAGUUGGUUUUGGGGG